GUUACUUUUGAUACGCUUGGAUUCAGCAGUAAAGGUCGGGUUUUUCUGUUGGACAAACCUGUCGCAGAUGCUACUGUCUAUGUAAAUGGAGAACCGAAAGGAAGAACUGAUAAAAACGGAUGCAGUAAAGGUCGGGUUUUUCUGUUGGACAAACCUGUCGCAGAUGCUACUGCCUAUGUAAAUGGAGAACCGAAAGGAAGAACUGAUAAAAACGGAUGGUACACGCUUGAUGGUUUGCAAGACGAAGAUUAUACAAUAACGGCUAAAAAAGAACAUUACGCAUUUAACACAGUUGACGUGAAUCUUAGCACCAAAAAUGUUGAAAUCCCUAAUAUCACUGUUGAAAGAUCACUGCGACAAAAUGAUCAUGGAGCUAUGGAGGCAAAACGAACUGGUCAAGAGUCUCGAAGGCGCUGA